UUGCAGACGAUAAAACCAACUGCAGGCGUGUGGUACUGGAAAGAUGAUACUAACACACUUGAAUUUGCAAGCUCCAAUCCAGCAGCUGAGGAAAACCUUAAGGAAGGAAAAAAUACUCACUUUCAGGAAAUGCGUGUUAAGACAUUAAAGAGCAUCUUCCAGGAUGAUUGCAGUGCAACGCUGCCUGAAAGAAGGCUGGCUGACAAAGAAGGAAAAUUGCAUAGGCUGUCCAAGUGGGUACAACAUGAAUACGUGACGUUGGAUGAUGUCAAAUAUGCUGCUUUGCUUUUGAAAGAAGCAAAUGAGUCACAUCACAUGUUAUCAUUUGCAGCAGUUAUGAGGAAUGAGAAACUAGAUGAGUUCCUCAUGGCCCUGCUCUUCUACCUGUCUUUUUAUCUGGAAAAAAUUGCCCUGGAAAAGAAAUACAGAUCCUUGAUUUCGACUAUGAUAUUUUUCGAGAAGAAAGAAAUGGACGAUGUGUUGGCGAAGUUAGCGGUGGCCAGGAUUCACCUUGCCAAGGUGUACUGUAACCUUAUCCUCGGACGAGGCAUGGCACAGCAGUGCCACAUGCCUAGUGCAAGGAGAAAAACAUCGUUGCAGAAAGAUCGGAGCUUCUUUGAGGGCUUCUACAACUUCUGCAGCUACGUGGCUUGGCUUGUGUUCAGACGGAAGCACUUCCAAAUGAUUCGGGAGGAAGUUGGCAGGCUUCUUUGCUCCGACGUGUUCAAUCCCGCCUUAAGAGACAGGAACAAUGUUGACUUGCAGAAACCAGGAGACCAGGCUGCUGAUGCAAAAACAGUGCGAUUGCCGUAUCUGAGAAAAGUCCAUGCCAAGCAUCCUUCCAUAAACAGCAUGGUUCACCAGCGCUCGCCAGUGCUCAGCACGCUGCUGCCCUUACCGAAGGACAGUGCUCAAUACCUCUCCCAGAACCACUACUGUCGGGGCAGAGACCCUCGACCUUGCGCGUGUGACGGCCUGCCGGACUUCUCAGAAUUGUUCACUACCAAGGUGGGCAUCCUUGGAGCUCAUUGUAGUCAGUUAAAAUCUGUUAUGAGCAUGCCUGACCGGCCAAUGGAGGAGGAGGAGGAGGAAGAGGAAGAACAAGAACAAGGAAGACUAAGGAGUGCUUUCUCCAUCCUGACAAAUGACCUCAGUUUGCCACCUCUGAGAAGCCCCCAAAACAGGCUUAGUAGUCACAGCACUGUGCUCUCAAGAGCGAUGGCAGAAGGUGACUGUAAUCAGAGCAACGAGCAGCAGUGGUAGCUGUGUUGAGUGGCAUGGUUUCA